GAAACCUUUUUUCACAGUUUAACAUUGAACGCGCAUUUGAGAGAAACGGACCACGUGCGUCAUGCCCUCCUCAGAUGAUUAUAGUGGUAAUGACGAUGGUGCAGGCAUAUCACGAUACAGAAAAAAUAACCUUCACGACUGCUUUUCAGCUGCCGCCAUUGCCCUAACGAAACUUUAUCAGGAAUCCAGCAAUGCCUACGAGGAUGGCUACCGUGAUGGGCUGCUUUACGUCUAUCGCUAUGUAUGGCUCACCUCGCGCGUACUCAAUGUUGCCAUUGACAGUGAAGAAGCCCCUAAGGACAACGCGUCAAACACAGUUUUUGACGGCGAAGAGAGGUCUCUUUCCUCAGAUUCAACAGUCGCCUCGCAGAAACUGCUAAAUUUUAUUCAAAAGACCUUAAAAUUACGCAAAGAACGGGUGGCGUGUGCGCGGGGUACGGCGGAAGGGCGUUGCCGACCGCGUGAUCACUCACCGGAGGAGGAGAAAGUGCCUCAUUAUCCUACCACUGCUCCCGCUAAGUCUUUACCACCUCUUUCCGACCCUUCCGCUCAGUUAAAAAACGAAAAAAGCACCACUACCGAGAAAGAUGAAGCUUAUUUAAAUGUAGAAGCUAUUAGAAGAAGUGGUGCACAGAGAGAAUGUGCCCUACUGAACCUUAGAGAAGCGCAUGCCCAUGAUAUCGCGGAUAUCGAUUGCGGGCGAGUGAAUGAGUUGCAUACAAACGCUAAUGGAAAUCAUCAUAGGCAUUUUCAAGAGAUGGAACCCCCCUUUACACGGCUACGCUGCCGCAGCCCCAUGGAUUAUCACAGAAAAUAGUUUUCCAGAUAACAAAAAAGUAGCAUUCCUAAGUUUGCUACUCACUUUUUGGAUUUAUUUUAAAGUUUUAAUCUUUUUUUUGCUGUGAUUCUAGUUAUUAUUAU